GGCAAUUUCUGAGUCUCAGCCUCUCUCUCUCCCUUUCUGUCUCUGGUUUCUAAGCACACAUGUCAAGCUCUGGCAGGCUCAAGACUGUCUUCUGAAUUCCUGGAUUUUCUCUUUCUGGAAGUUCCCCUUGCGUUCUUAAUGAACCAUGGACAUCAUUGGCUUUCUGAAGUCUCAGUUCAUUUGCCACCUACUUAUCUGCUACAUAUUUAUAGUGUCGGGACUGAUAAUUAACUUCAUUCAGCUCUUCACACUUGUCCUCUGGCCAAUCAACAAGCAGCUUUUCAGGAAGAUCAAUUGCAGACUGGCUUACUGCAUUUCAAGCCAGAUGGUGAUGUUGCUGGAAUGGUGGUCAGGCACUGAUUGCACCCUCUACACUGACCCAGAGAGUUACCACAAGUACGGGAAAGAGAAUGCCAUCGUAAUCCUUAAUCACAACUAUGAAAUCGACUUUCUCUGUGGUUGGAACUUUUGUGAAAGAUUUGGGGUUUUAGGGAGUUCCAAAGUGCUUGCAAAAAAGGAACUUUCUUACGUGCCUAUCAUUGGUUGGAUGUGGUAUUUCCUAGAGAUAGUCUUCUGCAAGCGUAAAUGGGAGGAAGAUCGGAAAACUGUCAUGCAGAGCUUGCUCAAUCUCCGGGAUUACCCUGAAAAAUUUUGGUUCUUGAUACACUGUGAGGGCACGAGAUUCACAGAGCAGAAGCACCAAAUCAGCAUGCAGGUUGCUGAAGCCAAAGGCCUGCCUAAACUCAAGUAUCAUCUGCUGCCCCGGACAAAGGGAUUUGCUGUCACUGUGCAAAGUUUGAGAAAUGUAGUUUCAGCUGUGUAUGAUUCUACGCUCAAUUUUAGAAAUAAUGAGAAUCCAACUUUGCUGGGAGUUUUAAAUGGGAAGAAAUACCAUGCAGAUUUAUAUGUAAGACGGAUUCCAUUAGAGGAAGUCCCAGAAGACGAACAGGAAUGUUCUAAGUGGCUUCACAAACUCUAUCAAGAAAAGGAUGCCUUUCAAGAAGAAUACUACAGAACAGGAACCUAUCCAGCUACUCCCAUAGUGCCACCUCGGCGGCCAUGGACUCUUUUGAACUGGCUCUUCUGGGCCUUAUUGCUGCUAUAUCCUUUAUUCCAGCUGCUUAUCAACAUGGUCAGCAGUGGAUCAUCACUGACGCUGGCUAGUUUUGCUUUUGUCAUCAUUGUGGAUAAGCUUCCUGAUUCUGGACCACCCGAGUCCAUAAUAUCUGAUCAUAGAUUUACUGCACUCUGUCAAAGCAGAAAUUUCAGAGCCAGGUUUGUCAUGUCUUUCUGUUAUAACGGGCUCAAGGUAAGAGAGCUGAUAUGAGCAAGCAUCCGGCGAGGGGAAAGAGAUGAGGUAUUUGAGUGCUUCUCUUGCCUGUAAUCCUGAAUUCUGUUCCAAACCUUCCCUCUUCCUCUUCCAGACGCUCUGACCAAUCAUAUUAUAGAGUAAUAAAAAUAUUUGCUUGCAAUCUCAGCACUUGGUGUUUUGAAGAAAAGAAUCGUAUAAGAGAAAUGGCUGAUUCUAUGGUUAAAUCGGAGCAAUAAUAUAGUAGACUAGAAUACUAUAAUUAUCUUGGGUAGAUGGGAGCAAUAGAUUACUGGACUAUAUUUAACUACAUCAGUUCAGCUUGAACUCUUCAAGCCCCAAGAGUGAUUUAUAAUUCCAUACUGUGAAUGCUGAGCCAUCCCCUCUCACUGUGUUACACAAAAAUAAUAAUGAAAUAAAUGAUCUUGGUAUUCUUUUUAUGGGAAUUCCCAUCCCAAAGAGCAAGCAUCUAAGUGACUUAGAAUCCCAAAAUACCUACAUUGUAUUUUCAAAGGUGACUAGGAGCCUAAGUCUCAUUGACUUUUGGUGAGACUUAAGCUCCUAAAUUACUAAGGCACUAUUGAAAAUUUUACACUUAAUUCCUAUGGUACUUCUACUUAGUGGAGUUAGAACAAGAAAUGAGGGCUGAUUAAACCAAACUCUGGUAGCUCUAUUGGAAGAACUCCCAUUGAAGUUCAUGUGGUUAUUGACCCCCAGACAGAACACAGGACUGGGUCAUGUUCUGGAUUUCUACAUGGUAUGGAAGAGAACAGUUCUUGUUAUACCCAAAGUAUACUCUUUUUGUUAGUAAAGAAGCAGUCAACUGUUUUUCAAAGGGGAAUGUUGAUUUCAUAUGCAGGAGAAUAAAGGAUUGGUCUUGGGUUUUAAGGGGGAAAUAGCUCUUAAAUGUCUAAUGCUAAAAACAUAACAUUUGGGCUUUCUGACAUGGCUCCAGUCCAUAGAGUAUCUUUUACAGGCAAGAGAAUUAUACAAUUCAAAAUGAGCAUGAGUAAUAAUGAGAUCUCUUUAAAAUCUGCAUGAGCUUGUGUAUGUUUCUAUUAUACGUGUGCGAGUGCUGUCACGGGACCUGCUACCAUUGGCUGCAGUGGAAACAGGAGUGGAUCCCUACUGACAUAACUCCCAACAGCUCCGAAUAUGGACUGUAACAGGGUUUAAAAGGUUAAAAUAAACUGUUCUAUGUGGCAAAACUGGUGUUGUCCCGAGUAUAACUGAGGGCAGAAUGGGCCCCUAGUAUUGUCAGUAAAUUUAAAAACCUUCUAGAGUCUGCAGAAGCAAUUAAUUUGUGACCGAAUGAAAUCUGUGUGUAGUUUCACUUUCCGCAUGUGUAGCUGCAUGUUUUGUGCAUGCAACUUAGCCACACAGCUUUGGAAAAAGUUGCCCUUCUUCAACUCCCUGAUUUCUGUAUGUGUUCACUUUUUUUUAUACUAUUCAGGACUAGACCAAGUGGAAAUCUUGAUGAAGCAGCUUUGGUUGUUCAAAUGCUGUUGCAUAUAUGUCAGUUAUGUUAGCUAUAUGCCUUACAGAUGUAUUGUAAAAUAAAUAUGGAACUUCCCUAUACCUACCGAGAAUGUACUGACAUGUUGCUUACAGCAACAGUUAUGCUGAGGCAACUCCAGGAAUUAACUCGUAUGGGAGGAAAUUAACAUAUUUUUAAAUACUGUAUAUUACUAAAUAGGAUCUGUACUGAGACUCUUCUUAGGACUAAAACCAAUUGCAUAGAGGAAAGCUCACAGAAUUGGCUCAGACUGACAAGCUUUCCAAUCCCUGUGAAUAGUUUCAUUGGCCAGCACCCUGCCAAUCCGAGAGCAAGUCCCUAAUAGUCCUGUAAAUUGCUCAACUGGUCUGGGGCCAUAGCCAACCAGUCGGAGCCCAGCUCCCUCCUUAACACUGCUCUGGGGCAAUCUUCUCCCGGUUUUCAUCGUGUUUGUGUGUAAUUGGUUUCCUGGGGACCCACCAGCCAUAGGCUUCCCCUCUAUCAUCUUCUGAGAUAACUGAAACUUUCAUGGCAAAUUAGAAAGGCUGGAAUGACACUGUAGCAGUCACAGCCUGGUUACUCCUUCCCCUUCUUUAAUGAUCGCAUGUGUUCCUAUCAUUGCAGCUGUUGUUGGUUUUUUUUUAUUAUUAUAACCUUAAACCUGGCUGAAUCACAGCAAGGAUGGAAAUACCCAAGUUAGCAAUUUUCUUUUUCACAGGAGUGUAGUAAGUCAAUAAAAAUGUUCUGCAGGAGAACAAUAAAAACACCAUAUCCCAUUAUUCCUGGAAACAUAAGGUAUAAGAGAGAAAGAAAAGUUGAUUUCAAGUGUUACCUUUGAAUAGUAUUGCAAAUAUUUGAGUCAAGGCCAUGCCUUUUAAUUUUAUUGUAACUUUUGCUUGUAGUUUUGAAUUGACUCAAAAACCAGUGUUCUAUUAUAAGCUACAACAGAGUUCAGAGAAUGCCAAAGAGUUUGUACUUGUGGUUGAGAGCUCUGUUAGAGAAUCCUUUUCUGAGAGUGCAGCACAUUGAACUGUGGGCUCUGUUUAAAUUCUGGUUGCUGUGGUUCACAAAAGCAUAUCUUAGAACAUCAGAAUUGCAUCUUUUUUCCCUGGUUGUCUAGAGCACUCCCACUGUAAGUGGAAAUUUAAGAGAAAUGUGAAGAAUAAUCUUACAAUGUGUGAAGUGUAUUUUUUAAAAAAAAGGCACAAAUGUAAUUUCCCCCCCUCUCAAUGAAUGCACAUCAUGACAAGUG